CGGAGUCGCUACAGGACCGUACCUGCUGGGAAGUAACACAAGUCGUUUCUUGUUAAGUCUCUGGAGUUUGGUUUCAUCUUUAACCUCAGUUUUGGCCACAGCCGAGGAGUUGAAGUCCGUUAUAGGAAAGAGAGACAGAAUGGAGUUUAAUGAGUGAAAUCGGACGUUUCCAUUUUCGCCUUUAUCAGCGUCACGAACGCAGCUUGGGACACCUGCCGCUCCCUCCGAUAACUUUCAUUUUGUUGUUGCUGAACUCUGGACGUUAAUAUGUGCUGCGUUUUUUGGGUUUUUUUUUUUUUUUUUACUUUAGAAUGAAGGACAUUGAUUGUGACUAUUGUUUUUCGCUGUAAAGGUUUUGGAGUAGUGUUUGUGGUUUGAAAGGACAGACAGUUUACGGACAGUUCGUACGCGGAUACAUCAUGUUAUUCAGUCUGUUUGUACUCCUUCAGCUCUUGAGCGCUGGAAACUCGGCCUCUGCCAGGAAGUUAAUGUCCCAAAACGAAGUGCCAGAAGAUCAAGUGUUUACAGGUGAGUCAGAAGCGAAGUUGUUCCUGGGUCGCCAUCUGCUGGCCAAUCGCUUUGACUUUGAAAUGUUUGUUCCUGGCAACCUGGAGAGGGAGUGUAGGGAAGAAACCUGCAAUUACGAGGAAGCCAGGGAAGUCUUUGAGAACAUACCACAAACAGAUGCCUUUUGGAAAGAAUACACAAAAGAGAAGAAUCCCUCAAGGGUGGAUGUAAUUGGACUUCUAGUGGGACUCAUCUGUGCUGGAGUGGUGGUUCUUAUUCUUGGUGUCUUGAUCUGGUAUUUGUGUCGAUCCACUUUUAAGAGUGGCAUCAGCCGUCGUCCAAGCUCCGCCCGAGUACGACACAGGAGGAGCAAUGCCUCCCUAAUAAUGCGAAGGUUGGACGAUGCCUCCAGACAGCCUGAGCUCUCUUCUACAUCCGGGCCAACUUUGGAUGUAGAAGACCCUCCUGGCCUACCCUCAUACGAGCAGGCGAUCUCAGCAAGUGGACAGCACGAUGCGCCACCUCCUCCAUAUCCUGGCUCAAGACCUGGGAGUGUUCGACGAUAAUCUUUUCACAAAAAAAAGGAAAAAAAACAAUGCAAGAUAAUGACUGUGAAAUUAAAAUUUAAUUUAUAAGUAGCAUCUACAUCAUUAUACUGUAUCUAUUUUUACAUCAUAAUAUUUCUAAUGAUGGUUUUGUACCUCUCUCACCUUUAUUAAGCUGUUUUUUCCCUACAUAGACAGAAUGGAAGUUCAAAAGUGUCCAAAAGCAUGAAUUUAAUUUUGGGUUUUCCUGUUAUAAAUAAUGUAAAGUAAGAAUUUUUAUUUUUUUUUAUUUCCUGAAAAGUCCAUUUUUUUGGAGUUACCUCGUCCAACAUGAAUGUUUUCUACAAUUAUCCUUUUCUUUUUGAGGUUGGUGGGUUUGCUGAGCAUCAUGUUCAGUGUCCUCCACAAAUCUUCAGUGGGAUUUAAAACCUGACAGAGAUGUGACAAAUAAGUGUUUAAACUUUAUGACUUUGAGAUAGUUCCCAAAGAAAUAUUGUACGGUUAGAAGAAAAUUAGAAAUUUUUCCAUAAGAAAUUGCUGAAAAUGAAAACAUUGUUACUGUUUAACAGAAAGUUUCAAGUAAGAAAAAAAACUUCUAACUGUUAAAACGUGUCAGUAUGGACCAAGAUGCGUUUUUGGGGCAGGGAGGGUUUGUUUGUUUUCAAUGAUCUGUUAAAGUAAGUUUUACUCCAGCUGUAAAACCUUACUUUUUGGUUCCCUUCUUAAUGUGCAUUUAUACCUACCCUUCUAAGUGGAUGAGCUUUAUAAUGCAGUUGCUGCUUUUUAUCUGAAUGAUGAGUGUUUGCUUUAAGUUAAUGAAAAUGUAAUUGUUCCUCGAAGGAGCAGAGACGGUAUCUAGCGGUAAAGUGGAAUUUCUAUGGAUCCCGUGCCAAGGAAUACGACGUAUUAAUCUCUGUGACGGGACAGACAUGACUCGGCUUGUACAAGUUCCUCAAAGUAAAAGUCAGUCACUGCUUUAAUUUCCUUGAUGGUAAAAACUGCGGUCAUAGAAAUGCGCUAAGCAUUUCUUAUCGACUGAACUACCAGCUUGCUACCUGGUGAUUCACUGUUAAUUUUUUUGUGUGUGCUUUUUAUAAACUGUGAUUUUUUUUUUGUCUUACAAUUUGAAGAAUGUACACAGUACCAACUAAUUUCCUAUUUUCCUGUCAUAGUCUAUGCUGAGAUAAAUGAUCACAUUAUGCCUAAUUUAUUUAAUUACAAUAAAUCAUGUACAUGGAUGCUUCAGG